UGUCCUUGGGCAGAGAGCUAGUAGUCCAUGGGCCGAAUCUAGGCCCUCAAAGGGAAAGCAGGUCUGAGCUCUUGCUGUUUGAAGUGGGAAGCCUCAUCUCAUGCUAUAGGCCUACCGGGGCCCAGGAGAGCUCAACCCACCCAGCUACCCCCCAGCCACGGAGAUGGCUCAGCAUGCGGAGGUGUGGAAGCAGGUGUUUCAGGAAUUAAUUCAGGAGGUGAAACCAUGGCACAAAUGGACCCUGACUCCAGACAAGGACCUUCUUCCCAAUGCCCUGAAGCCAGGAUGGAUGCAAUACCAGCAUCGGGGCUUUGCCAGGUUCCAGUGUUCCUCCUGCUCUCGCGGUUGGGCCUCUGCCCACGUUCAGGUUCUCUUCCAUGUGCACUGGAGCAAGGAGAACUCCAGGGGCAGGGUGAAGAUGAGGGUGUUUGCUCAGAGAUGUAAGAGGUGCUCCCAGCCUCCGUUCGAGGUUCCUGAGUUCACACAAGAGAACAUCUCAAGGAUCCUGAACAACCUGGUAAUCCGGAUUCUGAAAAAAUGCUACAGAGAAGGAUUUAAGUCAAUGGAGGAGAUUCCUACAAUCAAGGACAUCUCCCUUGAAGGGCCACACGACACCAACAACUGCGAAGCAUGUCUACAGGGAUUUUGUGCUCAGAGUGGGUUAGGCCCUGCGGUACAGUCCCCCACACCCACGUCACUGCCCAUCCUCUCUGAGGACGUCAAGCCAAAGAAGGGAAGGGUACGGUCCUCAGAGUCCUCCCUGGUUGCUAUGCCCACACAGGCUUUAAGCCUCCCCAGUUCUCAGAUCCCAAGAGCAGACCCUGUUCGCCGGGUGCACAGAGAAGUCAAGAUCAGUACCCCCUUGCUCUCAGAGUCCUCCCUGGUUGCUACACCCACACAGGCUUUAAGCCUCCCCAGUUCUCAGAUCCCAAGAGCAGACCCUGUUCGCCGGGUGCAGAGGGAAGUCAAGAUCAGUCCCCCCUUGCCCUCAGAGUCCUCCCUGGUUGCUAUGCCCACACAGGCUAGAAGCCUCCCCACUUCUCAGAUCCCAAGAGCAGACCCUGUUCACCAGGUACAGAGGGAAGUCAAGAUCAGUCCCCCCUCCAGUAGGCAUUUCUCUUCCUACCCAUCCCAGAGCCACACAGUGGCCUCCACAAGGAACAUACACUGGUCUCCACCGGCUUGUUCCAAGGAGAAAAUAUGUUCCUGCUGCUCUUUCCUGCUUCUAAUUGUGCUGGUGGUGGUGAUUAUCAUAAAAACUCUAUGAGCCCUGAAAACAUGAUGCUAAGUAAAAAGAUAAAUAAAUAAGCAGAAACGAAA